GGCCGUUACACUUCGUCUCUUCCAGUCAUGGCUCUCAGGAAUAAGAUCGUCGAGAAAAUCCUCGAGAAUCGCGUGACUCUCAUUAUCGGCGAGACUGGUUGCGGUAAGAGCUCUCAAGUUCCUCAAUUUCUCUUGGAAGAAAACAUGGUACCAGUUUUAUGCACGCAGCCAAGAAGAUUUGCUGUUGUAGCUGUUGCUAAGAUGGUUGCUAAAUCUCGCAACUGCGAACUGGGUGAAGAAAUUGGAUAUCACAUAGGUUAUUCAAAGGUUUUAUCAACAAGAUCAAAGAUUGUUUUCAAAACUGCUGGAGUUUUACUCGAGGAAAUGCGAGACAAAGGGUUGGAGGCACUGGACUACAAGGUUAUUGUUCUUGAUGAAGUGCAUGAAAGAUCUGUGGAGUCCGAUCUUGUUCUUGUCUGCGUAAAGCAGCUUCUGCUGAAAAAUAAUAACCUGAGGUUAGUAUUAAUGUCUGCAACUGCGGAUAUAUCAAAAUAUAGGGAUUACUUCAGGCAGCUUGGUAGGGGUGAAAGAGUUGAGGUUCUUGCAAUCCCUAGCACAAGCCAAAGAGUAGUGUUUCAGCGAGAAGUGUUCUAUAUUGAGCAGGUAACCAAACUUCUUGGAACAAGUUCAGGAGCAUCAUCAUCAACAAAUCAUUCUGGGUCCUUCACUUCCAUGGUUGAUGCUAAAAUUAAGCCUCAAGAACACAAGCUUAUUCAUGACCUUGUCUUGCACAUCAAUAGAAAUGAGCCAGAUAUAGAGAAGAGCAUUUUGAUUUUCCUCCCAACAUACUAUUCCCUGGUGCAGCAGUGGAAUCUGUUGAAGCCAUUUCAUAAAUUGUUUAAGGUUCACAUCUUGCACCGCAGUUUUGAUACUGAGCAAGCUCUGAAUGCUAUGAAACUCUGCCAAUUCCGUCGAAAGGUAAUAUUGGCCACAAAUAUUGCAGAAUCUUCUGUGACAAUACCCAAGGUAGCCUUUGUCAUCGAUUCAUGUCGAUCUUUACAAAUACGGUGGGAUCCUGAAAGAAAAUGUGACUCUAGCCAACUUGUUUGGGUUUCUAAAUCUCAGGCUGAGCAACGUAAAGGGAGGACGGGACGAACAUGCGAUGGUCAGAUUUAUCGACUGGUUACAAGAUCAUUUUUCAGCCAACUUGAGAAUUAUGAGCGUCCAGCUAUACUAAGGUUGUCAUUGAGACAACAAGUGCUUCAGAUUUGUUGUUCUGAAUCACGAGCCAUUAAUGAUCCCAAAGUUCUGUUGCAGAAGGCUCUGGAUCCACCAGAACGUAAAAUUGUUGAAGAGGCACUCAAUUUACUUGUUGACAUGCAUGCGUUGGAGAAAACACAUCCAAGGGGCCGGUAUGAGCCUACGUUCUAUGGACGGUUGCUUGCCAGUUUCCGGAUAUCCUUUGAUGCUUCUAUGAUUGUAGCUAAAUUGGUUGAAGAACAGUGGUGCUCUUUCCAUCAUCUCGUGCAGUCAUCACUACACAAUGUCUCUGAAAUGUAUGAAGAUGUCCUACGCCAUCUGCACCAGUUCCGGCCCAAUUUUUUGGGUUCAAGUGUUAGUCUGCCAACAUACUUCCAUCCUUAUGAAUUUGCGCAUACUUGCAUGGUUGAGUACAAGGCAAGUGGAGAAACAUAUGAACUUGCUGAGGAUGAUGACCGCCCAGAUUCAUCUUUGGACAAUGGGAACUGCAUAGCUUCACCAUUUGUUGGUCACCACCAGUUCCAGCUCAAUGUUGUUACUGCAAAGUUUACAGAUAUUAUCAAAGAGAUAAAAAUUCAAUGUAUGCGAAAAAUGCAUGAUGACAAGCUCGGAGCUACUAGUCGUGAUGGUUCUCAUCCCAAUGAAGAGGCUUCUCUAUGCAUAUAUUUUGCAAAAGGAUCUUGCAACAUGGGUAAUAAUUGUGCAUUUUCUCAUUCACUUGAAGCAAAAAGGCCAAUAUGCAAAUUCUUUCUCUCUUUACAGGGAUGCAAAAAUGGGAGUUCAUGUUCCUUUCUGCACGAUGUGCAUCAAUUGGCAUCAUCAAGUCAGCGAAUUGCAUGCCUGCCAGAAGAUGACCGUGCCAAUCCUGCUUCUUUUCUGCAAUUAUUACCCACAGCUUCUGAUGGAUGUAUUCUUUUGUUGGAUGACAAUGAUAUGCGCUUCACCUUAAGUCUUAUUCCACACAUUGAUCCGCAUAAAAUAAUCUCGACAACGCGUUUAUCAACGACAUCCAUAUAUGAUACUUUACUGACAGGUGUUAUAACUCUGUGGGGGAUGCCUCAUCCAUGUCACCCCAUCAUUUCCAAUGUAGGGAAACGCCUCUUCCUAUGGAGUGGAAUUAAGUGUGUGCUUUGGUUUCCUGAUCUCGAGGAGUAUAGCGAAGAUUUGUAUAGACAGAAAAAUUUAGUGAAGAACUUUUUUGAGUAUAUGGCAAUCCGAAUACUGGGUGAUUCUCUAUAUGAAGUGCGAGUUAUUGUCACAAUGAACAACAUCCAAUUUUCACAAAUGCAGGUGAAAAUGCUGGCUCGAGACUGCUUCUUCUUCCUCACGAAAUCAUUUCCUUUUGAUGUAACAACUUUCCCUGACGUGAUGUAUGAAAGCACCCUUAAAAAACCGAUGAUUGAAUCAAGGGCCAUCUCGUACGUUUUCGACUUGCGACCACCGACAGACAUCCAGUUUGGCGACUAUGCCUCUGUGCUUCACAGCAUUCUGAAGAAUCCUCCGGAUUGGGUUUAA